CAGAAUUCCAUUAAAGCUGAUGCUAGAUUGGAAGGAACUUUUUUUUAAUGGAAAACUGAUAUAUGAACAAGCCUCAAUUCAACCUUUGCUGAAUGAACCAACCCCAGAACAACUUGUAGACCUGAAUAAAAUGAAUCUGUUAGAUGAAAAAGAUUGUAGUGAAUACAAGAGUAUGACAGGGGAAUGGUGCCCAGAUGAAGAGAACAGUGAAAGCAAACCUCCUCUUAAUAAUAACAUAUUGGGUCAUGUGCUUCAUAGACUAAUGGAGAUUUUUUAUCCUCCAAAACCCAUACCUUCACCUGCAUUUCCUCCUUUUCCUAUAAAGGGAUGUAUUUUGGGAAAACCUUUCAGUGGAAAAACUACCUGUGUAAAGUUUAUUGAAAAAGUUUGCAAUAUUCAGGUGCUAUCUGUUGAUAUUUUGGUUCAAGAGGCCAUCCAAGCUUUUCUUAAAAAUGAAAUGAAAAGUGAGCAAAAUAUGAUUCCACAAGAAGCAGAGAGUUCUGGGGAAGAAAAUGAGGUAAGCAAUUUUUUAAAUUCUUCUCAUCCUGGGCUAUUACAUUACAUUGUCAAACUUUGCAAUGUACAUAUUUCAGGCAAUUUUCCUGUCAGAAAGGAUCCAUCUUGGCAAGAAAUUAAAUCAGAUAACAGUCAAGAUGACCUAUCCAAGCUAUCUGUACGUGCACAGCUUGGUGCCGCAUCACAGAAAUUGAUGAAGAAAGGAAAAAGCAUUCCUGAUGAAUUACUAAUUGAUAUCCUAUUGGAGGCCAUUAAACAAACACCACCAGAGAAGGGGUGGAUUGUGGAUGGUUUUCCGAUGACAAUUAAUCAGGCAAAGCUAUUUGAAAAAGCCUACACCGGGAUUGAUCCAGAAGCAGAAGAUGCAAACUCUGUAAAGCUCUCACUUGUUAUAGAUCCCAGAGCCCCUAACAAGCCUCCUGCUACCUCAUCUGCAUUUGAUAUAUCUGUAUUAUUGGAUAUUUCAGACACUGUGGUACUGGAACGUGUGGCUAUCUUGAAGUCAGGUAAAUCAAAGUCAUCUCAGACUGAACAGGAGAACAAAAACAAAAAUUCAGAUGCUGUAAUCCUGGAAGAGAAGAUUGACUUCAGCAGAGGCCAGGUGCUACAUAGAAUUUCAGGCUUUCUAGACGUCUGGCCAAAAUUAGAGAAAUGGUUUUCAGUCCAUCAAAAUAUUCUAGUGAAAGUCAAUGCAGAGAGAGAAGAAAGUCUUGUGUGUGAAACAGUGAAGGAAAUUAUAAUAGAAGAAAUUUUCAAAAAACAGAAUAGAAGAUCUGCUAAAGAAAUAUCACCAGAAAAGAAGAUUUCACCAGUUAAUAUAAGUAAUAUGGAUACACAUACACAGGAAGACCUACUUCCUCCUAUUCCUGUGGAACCACCACCAGCUGAACCAGGAUCAGAUGAAUGGAUUUAUGUAGAUGAACCACUUCCCAAGGAGAUACCUGUUUUUUUAGUACCUUACUGGGAAAUGGUAGAAAAUACAUAUAUGAAUACCAUCAAAAGUAUACUUAGAUGUCUAAGGGAUGAACAGCACUCGGUGAUUUAUUACUUAGCAGAAGUUAGAAAAAAAUUCCAAGAUUAUUUGAAGCAUCCUGAUCUUAAGCAGGAGUUUGUAUCUCUGUGGCAAUCAGAUUUUAAUUCAAUUGCUGAUGACCUGCGAGAAGAUGAGGAAGUGAAAGCAGAACUACACCAAAGAGUUACUGACCUAAGAGACCUUCUUUGGGAUAUCUGUGAUAGCAGAAGGGAAGAAGCAGAGCAGGAACGUACUGAUAUCAUGAAUGAUGGCUGGUUACCAGAUCAUAGGGGGAUUGCAGUGAACCAUUUCUUAUCACUUAUGCAGGUUGAAGUGGAUCGUUUCCAAGAUACAAAGAGACUUCUUCAUGAUUAUUAUAGAGCAAUGGAAGGAAAAAUCCCAACAGAGUACAGUAAAGAUUUUAGUAGGAUCCCAUUGCUAGAUAUUAUGGAUUUAGAGCAGAAAGAAGAUCAAAACAACUCAAGAAGGAUUCCUCUGGUUUCUUGGAAAGUGCCUGAACCAGAAGUAAUUAUUACCAAGUCAAAAACCAAGGGAUCUCUGCAGAAAAGUGCUAAGGAUGAUAAUUCUGAAAAUGGAGUGGUCACUGUUGGGAAAGAUGAAAGUCUCAUUACUGAUACAUGGCAAACAGCAGCAACAACAGUAUCCAAUAUGGUAACAGGUGAAAUACAGCUUAGAGAAACUGAAGAAGAAGAACGUCAGCAGCUAAAUGUGAAAGAAAAUCUGAAAUCUUCAAAGCCAUCAAGCAAAGCUACCAAGGAUUCCAAAAAGCAAUCUCCAAAAAAAACUCCUAAGAAGAAAGGUAUUUGAAAUGCAGAACUUAAUACAGUUCCUAUAAACCAAGAAGAGUUAAAGAAACAAGAACUGGCACUUAAAAUAAAGCAAGAAUAUUUCAGUGCCUUGAAACAUGAGGAGGUAACCACAAAAUUUCGACUAGAACUUAUAAAAGAAAAAGCUUUAGCAUUUGUUGAAAAGCUAACCAUGAAAGCAGAAGAGGCUUAUAAAGAUAUGGAAGAGUGGCUUGGAUCCAGGUUCUUGGCAGAAAUGUCCAGUGUUGAAAAGCUGGUUGAGGUUGCACGACAUCAUAUUGAGAGUUCUAGCAAAAUUCAGUAUGAAAUUAUUUUAGAAGAAACCGAUUUCUUCAUCAGCAGUGAUGUAAAAGUGUUUCCUGACCCUGUUCCUUCACCACACGUUCCACAUGUAGAGACCUCUGGAAGUAGUACUCUGACUAUGUCACAACUUACUGCACUUCAUAAGCAGUUUCUUCAAGUGGCACCCAAAGGUUUUAUGCAAAAGAAAGCAUUUAUUGGCGUAUUUAUUGACAUGAUUAAUUUGAACCUUGGAGCAAAUUGCCUUCCUGAUGCAUGGAUGAACUUAACGUUUCCACAUUUACAAAAUCUGGCAUCUGCAUUCUCCGUGAACUCAGAACUUACUGACUGGCGCAGAUUCUUGCUAGCAGCAGCACAGCCUUGGCCAGUACCAUCUGUGAUACAACUUCUCAAAACACUGCACAGCUUCAGGUCUCUUGAUGUAGCUUCAUCAGGCUUUGUUACACAGGAAUACUAUAUGCAGGUUGGCUUAUGGUUUAAUGGAAGUGAAGAUGUAAGCAUAACACAAAGUUGCACAGAACCUUUGCCUUUAGAUAGGCUAAGAGAUCUCGUAAAG